CUCGCUCUUCCAUUCUCCUCCCCCUCCGCCUUUGGUCUUCUUUUUUUCUUCCUCUUCAUCCUUCUUCAUCUUCACCAGACUCUUUUCUUUCCAACUCUUCUCUGCAGAAUCUCCUUUUCUCUUCUGCAUCUCUUCUUUCAUACACUACUCCCCUCCCCCACCUCACUUUUACACACACACACACCAACCUACGUCAUGAGAUUGAUCAUUCGUGACGACGCUGACGCGACCAGCGCCUACGUCGCCAACUACAUCAUUGACCGCAUCAAGGCUUUUAACCCUACUCCCCAGAACCCCUUUGUUCUUGGUCUUCCCACCGGUUCCAGUCCUCUAGGUGUUUACAAGUACCUUGUCCAAAUGUACAAGGCUGGCGAGAUUUCUUUUGAAAAUGUCGUCACUUUCAACAUGGACGAGUACGUCGGUAUUCCUCGCGACCACAAGGAGUCGUACCACUCUUUCAUGUGGAACAACUUCUUCUCUCACGUAAACGUCCACCCUUCCAACGUUCACAUCCUCGAUGGUAACGCUCAGAGCCUUGAGGCCGAGUGCGUCGCUUACGAGGACGCCAUCAAGGCUGUUGGUGGUAUCGAUCUGUUCCUUGCCGGUAUCGGUGAGGAUGGCCACAUUGCCUUCAACGAGCCCGGCUCCUCGCUUGCCAGUCGUACCCGUGUCAAGACGCUUGCCUACGACACCAUUCUUGCCAACUCGCGCUUCUUCGACAAUGACAUCAACAAGGUCCCCCGCAUGGCCCUCACCGUCGGUGUCCAGACCGUCUUGGAGGCUCGCGAAGUUGUCGUCAUCAUUCUUGGCCAGCGCAAGUCUCUUGCCCUCCAGCGCUGCAUUGAGCAGGGUGUCAACCACAUGUGGACUCUGUCUUCUCUCCAGCUGCACCCUCACCCCAUGAUUGUCGUCGAUGAGGACGCCACCCUCGAGCUCCAGGUCAAGACUGUCAAGUACUUCAAGAGUAUCGAAAAGGUUGCCCGCGAGGCUGGUUUCGAGCAGAUCCUUCCCUCCAAGGCCCGCACUGGUAACGCCCCCACGAUCAAGACUCGCAUCGACGCUGUCGACUCUCCUACCAUCCACGCUCCUCAGCCCACCACCUCGCAGCUCCUCCGCGCUACUCCUGCCACGGAGUACCCUAUUCGAUCUGUCUCCCCCGAGCUUGUCCCGGACCGCAUGGCUUCUCGCAUCCCCGAGCCUUCUCUCAACCAAAGGCUCACACCCAAGCUCAACGAAUAAGAGCCGUUGUAACGCCUAAGAAAAGAGUAUGUUGCAGCGGCACCGCCUAGGCUGAGCAGUGCCUCAAUUCACGCUACGAUUGACCCUUUGCUCCUUGUCGGCCUCGGUGUGCCCAUUCUUUGUUGGCUUUCGCGAGGAACCCAACACAAAGCCCCUUCUACUUGCUAGUUUCGGCUAUUACGCGGUCCAUGUCUUCUUCACUUCUUCACCUUUUAUACCAUAAAAAACGUUGUAUUUCAGUAGAGCUCCUUUUUUGAUACAUAAAUUAAAAUCAUCUUUUUACGUAUUGUCACUGGCUGUGCUAUGCUAAAGCUCACGUGUGGAUGUUGGGGUGGAUGUCAACAGACUCGGAUUUGUUUUGUAAUAUGUAUUUGAAAGAAAAGGGCUAUAUCCAUCCCACUGUUCACACACCGUUCAAAAACUCCAUGCAAAAUCCUCAACCUGGCAAAUUUAGCGCCAAGCGCAAUACAACAAAAAAAGAAGAAAGAAAGCGCCGUCAAGCCGCGGGGAACAAUGUAAACUGUGCAUGCCGAUGCCGGCGGCGGCCACUGAACUACCGGACUGGUUUAUGUAACGGGGGGUAUAAUGAUACAACUGUUGUGCCGUUGCGUUAAAAGGCUUGGGCUGAAUUUUCCUUAUUUUUGUUUUUCCCUUUUUUCACUCUGCCGCAAAAUAUCGCUUUGAUUUGCCUUGCGCCUUCUGUGCCUUGGCCUCGGGGUUGAUGGCUGUGUGGUGGACCACAUGAGGGCGAUAGACGGCAUCGACGGGCGGCAUCCAAUCGUCAACGGUGAGCGGGAAGUAUUCGUACAGCGGGUCAACCUCAUCAAUCGGGCUGCUGACUAGAUUCUGUCCUACGGCGGGGUGAGACUUGCCGAGCUGGGGGCUCUGCAGCUCGGCGCUCGAUCGAUUCGGACUUCGUUCGUCCUCAGACAACGAUAGGUUGAUCGGAGCGCCCGUGUUUUGGCGUGACACAGAGCCGCGCUGCGAUUGAUUUGUGGGAAGAGCAAUCUUGGUUGCCUGGGCUUGCUCCCAUGCAGGUACAGGUGGUUUUGCGCUGCUCGGUGACAUGGCUACUCGCUUGGACGGAUGCGGGCUCUGGUUUGGCUGCGAGAUUGGCUGCGGUGUUGCCCAAUCGGAUGAAACCUGUUGUGUAGCAUUAGCAUUCAUGCAUGGUCUGGUGAGUUGCAGGUGAGUAGUACAUACCGCUACGUUAUUCCCUGAAAUGGACGGAAAUCGCUGCAUGGCAGCCUGCAGCGCCUCUCGUUCUUGCUUGAGGCUCCCCGCAUCGGAGCUCAUAGUGUUCUUCCUUUCGGCGCGUUUAUUGUCUGCCGUCAAUGGGACGUCCUUUCUGCUAUCAAAAUUUCGGGGACUGCGUCCUCGAACGAUGACCGGGCCAGACUGAAUUUCGGCAAUUUUGAUGUAUUCGCCGGUUUUUGUCUUUCCGGAAAGACUGAUUUGGACAACAUAGUGCUGCUGAAGACCCUUUCUGCGGCCAUUGUUGGCUGUGGCGUGUUUGAAUUGUAGCCGUUUCCAAGAGACGCCGAUGGAGACUCGGUUAGCGUCCAACUCUUGUCCGCUUGUCAGAUCCAAGUUGACACUGGGUGGUGCUCCGGCGAUUUUAUUCUCCUCGCCAUUCUGUGGAUUUGAGCUCUUCCAUGGUAUCGAUAUGAUUUCUGUCGCCUUUCCUUCAAUGGACUCCAAUGCCGAAAUUGACGCAGAGAGCUCAGUAAUGGGAAUUUGGCGGCCUUGUUCGUCAACAAUAUUUGAAAUAGAUCUUGGUAGAGUCAGCUGGCCAGAGCAUUGCCAUAGAUUUCGGCGGUAGCAGGUCAGUUCUAGCGGACGACCGGCAGUUUCACCGCCAAAGACAUCUUCGGCGACAAAGAACAUGCCGUAGAGUUCAGCCGUCAUGUUGAUAUCUACAAACUUGCCAUUCUCAUCUGCGACAGAAGCAGUGAUGGUAGGAUCAGAAAAUCCAAGGAGCUUGUUAUCCAGCUCCUGUGGCGAUGAUUCUUCGUUGAGCGUAUCUUGGUUCUGGACAGGCUCGUAGCUUCUAGCUGAGUAGGAGAAGGGGUCUUCGAAGGUAGGCGCAAAGUGCUCAAAGUCGUACGCAGGUGUAAAUGGCAUGGCCUGCAA